UGUGCCCGGGGCAGCGGGUCACCAGGCUCCGCCCCGCGCCCGGCCGGGACGCACUUUGUUCGGGAUGCCGCCUCCCUCCGCGUCGCGGGGCCGGGGCCGCCGGCGGCCCUAGUGCCAGCCCGCGGCUGGACGCGGACGCGGACGCGGACGCCGAGACUCCGCGAGGGCCCAGCCGGCGCGGGAGCCCGAGAACUUUCUCCUCGCGCCGAGGGCUCGGCCGCCGCGGUCCGGAUGCAAGGAACCGGGGCCCGGGAGUGCCGGCGUGCCGCACAGUAGCCCCCACGGCCAACUUGGUGACCAUGGACGGGACGGCCAGUGUGAACUCCGCCAGCCGCCCCCACUAUGCCUCCUCCAUCCCCGUGCCUCGCGCUGCUUCCCAGACCAGAAUCCAGACGCCGGCUGCCUCUCCCCGGCUGCGGCCGCGCCAGGCCGGCCUGGCCCUGAGCCCCCCGCGGGCAGCCUCCCCAAGACCCACCAGGGCCCGAGGCUCUUCCAGAGGCUCCUCUCCCAGGGCCUCCCGGGGAAGAGGUUCCCCCAGGACUGUGGGGGCAGCAAGGGAGUCAACCGAGGGUGCUGAAGGGCCGGUGGGCUCCCCGUGGAACAGCCCUAGGGCCGCCGCCAAAGCUUCCGUCUCUGGCCAGGCAGGGUCCAGAAGACCCGGAGGCACACCAGGGACCCCGAGCAGGAGACAGGCGGCCCAGGAAGGGGUUCCCCCCCGCCAGACCCGCGGCAGGAGCCCCUCCCGGACCAGUUCUCAUGGAGAAACUCAAGCACCAGGGGCUCCCGAAGGUCGAAAGCCACCUAACUACUUGGGCAAAGACCAGAGAGAUGCAGCCUUCAGAAGUCCCGGGGCCCCAAGGUCUUCGGAGCCUGAUACGAGGGCAGCUUCCGGGCCUUCCUCCCCUGCCUGCAGCCCCGUGCAGAGCCCACGCCUGCCCCCCGGCCCGGGGGCCAUCCGAUUCCCCUCGGUGCACCAGCAGAGUCAACCUGUCACAGCCACGGUGGCCCCCUUCCAGUACAGGGUCCAGACAGACCAGGAACCUGGUCCCCUCCGCCAGGGUAGCUGGGCUCCCGAGGGCUACUCCAGCAUCCCCGGCAGGACCGAGGAGAGCCUCUCGUGCGUAGACGCGCGGAUCGUCCAUGCGCUCCUCGCGGGCAGAAUGCUGGGCGGCAGCGUCAAGAGCGUGCAGCCCGAGGUGGAGCUGAGCGGCAGCGGCGGCGACGAGGGCGCGGACGAGCCUCGGGGCGCGGGCAGGAAGGCGGCGGCGGCGGACGGCAGAGGCAUGCUGCCCAAGCGCGCCAAGGCGCCCGGCGGCGGCGGCAUGGCCAAGGCCAGCGCGGCGGAGCUGAAGGUCUUCAAAUCCGGCAGCGUGGACGGCCGAGUCCCCGGCGGGCCGCCUGCUUCCAACCUGCGCAAGCAGAAGUCGCUCACCAACCUCUCGUUCCUCACGGACUCCGAGAAAAAGAUGCAGCUCUAUGAGCCCGAGUGGAGCGACGACAUGGCCAAGGCGCCCAAGGGCUUGGGCAAGGCGGGGUCCAAAGGCCGCGAGGCUCCGCUGAUGUCCAAGACGCUAUCCAAGUCCGAGCACUCGCUCUUCCAGGCCAAGGGCGGCCCGGCCGGCGGCGCCAAGACCCCCCUGGCCCCGCUCGCGCCCAGCCUGGGGAAGCCGAGCCGGAUCCCGCGCGGCCCCUACGCUGAGGUCAAGCCGCUCAGCAAGGCUCCCGAGGCGGCAGUGAGCGACGACGGCAAGUCGGACGACGAGCUGCUCUCUAGCAAAGCCAAGGCGCAGAAGGGCUCCGGGCCCGUGCCCCCUGCCAAGGGCCAGGAGGAGCGCGCCUUCCUCAAGGUGGACCCCGAGCUUGUGGUGACCGUGCUGGGAGACCUGGAGCAGCUGCUCUUCAGCCAGGUGCUGGACCCAGAGUCCCAGAGGAAGAGGACAGUGCAGAAUGUUCUGGAUCUCCGACAGAACUUGGAAGAGACCAUGUCCAGCCUGCGAGGGUCCCAGGUGACUCACAGCUCCCUGGAGAUGACCUGCUACGACAGUGACGACGCCAACCCCCGCAGCGUGUCCAGCCUGUCUAACCGCUCGUCGCCCCUCUCCUGGCGCUACGGCCAGUCCAGCCCGCGGCUGCAGGCCGGGGACGCGCCGUCGGUGGGCGGGAGCUGCCGCUCCGAGGGGCCACCCGCCUGGUACAUGCACGGGGAGCGCGCGCACUACUCGCACACGAUGCCCAUGCGCUCCCCCAGCAAGCUCGGCCACAUCUCGCGCCUGGAGCUGGUCGAGUCCCUGGACUCGGACGACGUGGACCUCAAGUCCGGCUACAUGAGCGACAGCGACCUCAUGGGCAAGACCAUGACGGAGGAUGACGACAUCACCACCGGCUGGGAUGAGAGCACCUCCAUUAGCAGCGGGCUCAGCGACGCCUCCGACAACCUCAGCUCCGAGGAGUUCAAUGCCAGCUCCUCCCUCAACUCCCUCCCGACCACACCCACCGCGUCCCGCAGGAACUCCGCCAUCGUGCUGCGUACAGACUCAGAGAAGCGCUCGCUGGCCGAAAGUGGGCUGAGCUGGUUCAGUGAAUCAGAGGAGAAGGCCCCCAAAAAGCUGGAAUACGACAGUGGCAGCCUGAAGAUGGAACCCGGGGCAUCCAAGUGGCGGCGAGAGCGGCCCGAGAGCUGCGACGACGCAUCCAAGAUCGGAGAACUGAAGAAGCCCGUCAGCCUGGGGCACCCCGGUUCCCUGAAGAAGGGCAAGACCCCGCCGGUGGCCGUCACCUCCCCCAUCACUCACACGGCCCAGAGUGCCCUCAAGGUCGCAGGCAAACCCGAGGGCAAAGCCACCGACAAGGGCAAGCUGGCGGUGAAGAGCGCGGGCCUGCAGCGCUCCUCCUCCGACGCCGGCCGCGACCGCCUGGGCGACGCCAAGAAGCCUCCCUCGGGCCUUGCACGCCCGUCCACCGCAGGAUCCUUCGGCUACAAGAAGCCACCUCCUGCCACGGGUACCGCCACGGUUGUGCAGACUGGGGGCUCGGCCACACUCGGCAAGGUCCAGAAGUCCUCAGGUAUCCCCGUCAAGCCGGUGAACGGACGCAAGACCAGCCUGGACGUGUCCACCAGCGCGGAGCCCGGCUUCCUGGCCCCUGGCGCCCGUUCCACCAUCCAGUACCGCAGCCUGCCGCGGCCGGCCAAGUCCAGCUCCAUGACUGUGACCGGCGGGCGGGGUGGCCCCCGGCCCGUGAGCAGCAGCAUCGACCCCAGUCUCCUCAGUACCAAGCAGGGCGUCCUGACGCCUUCCAGACUGAAGGAGCCUUCCAAGGCGGCCAGUGGGCGGGCCGCUCCAGCCCCCGUCAACCAGACGGACCGAGAGAAGGAGAAGGCCAAGGCCAAAGCCGUGGCCCUAGACCCGGACAGCAUCUCUCUGAAGAGUGUGGGCUCCCCGGAAAGCACACCCAAGAGCCAGGCCAGCCACCCUCCAGCCGCCAAGCUGGCAGAGCUGCCACCCACCCCCCUCAGGGCCACAGCCAAGAGCUUUGUCAAGCCACCCUCACUCGCCAACCUCGACAAGGUCAACUCCAACAGUCUGGAUCUCCCAGCAUCCAGCGACGCCCACGCUCCAAAGGGCCCAGAGCUGCAUGCUCCAGGCUCCACCACGGGGGCCCCCCUCUCUUCGUGCUUCACCCCCAGUCCAGCCCCCAUUCUCAACAUCAACUCUGCCAGCUUCUCCCAGGGCCUGGAGCUCAUGACUGGGUUCAGUGUCCCCAAAGAGACCCGCAUGUACCCCAAGCUCUCAGGCCUGCACAGGAGCAUGGAGUCCCUACAGAUGCCAAUGAGCCUGCCCAGUGCCUUCCCCAGCAGUGCCCCCAUCCCCACACCCCCCGUACCCCCCUCCGCCCCUACCGAGGAGGAUACCGAAGAGCCGACCUGGAGCGGAAGCCCCAGGACGGGACAGCUGGACAGUGCUCAGCGGGAUCGGAAUACUCUUCCCAAGAAGGGGCUCAGGUACCAGCUGCAGUCCCAGGAUGAGGCCAAGGAGAGGCGCCACUCGCACACCAUUGGGGGGCUGCCCGAACCCGACGACCAGUCAGAGCCGCCCUCCCCCCCUGCACUGUCCAUGUCCCUGAGUGCCAAGGGCCAGCUCACCAACAUAGUGAGUCCCACUGCGGCCACCACGCCAAGAAUCACCCGCUCCAACAGCAUCCCCACCCACGAGGCGGCCUUCGAGCUGUACAGCGGCUCCCUAAUGGGGAGCACCCUGUCCCUGGCCGAGAGACCCAAGGGGAUGAUUCGGUCGGGAUCCUUCCGGGACCCCACGGACGAUGUUCACGGCUCAGUGCUGUCCUUGGCCUCCAGCGCCUCCUCUACCUAUUCCUCAGCUGAGGAGAGGAUGCAGUCCGAGCAAAUCCGGAAGCUGCGGAGGGAACUGGAAUCGUCCCAGGAAAAAGUGGCCACCUUGACGUCCCAGCUUUCGGCCAACGCCAACCUAGUGGCAGCUUUUGAGCAGAGCCUGGUGAACAUGACGUCACGCCUACGGCACCUGGCAGAGACGGCCGAGGAGAAGGACACUGAGCUGCUGGACCUACGAGAAACCAUAGACUUUCUGAAGAAGAAGAACUCAGAGGCCCAGGCCGUCAUUCAGGGAGCUCUCAAUGCCUCAGAAGCCACACCCAAAGAACUGCGGAUCAAGAGGCAGAACUCCUCGGACAGCAUCUCCAGCCUCAACAGCAUCACCAGCCACUCCAGCAUCGGCAGCGGCAAGGAUGCUGACGCGAAGAAGAAGAAGAAAAAGAGCUGGGUCUACGAGCUCCGAAGUUCCUUUAACAAAGCCUUCAGCAUAAAGAAGGGGCCCAAGUCAGCGUCCUCAUACUCCGACAUCGAGGAGAUUGCCACGCCCGACUCCUCAGCCCCCUCGUCCCCCAAGCUGCAGCACGUAUCCACGGAGACCGCCUCGCCCUCCAUCAAGUCCUCCACCUCGUCCUCUGCGGGCACCGACGGCCCUGAGGCCCCCGCCCACUCCGCUCCCCAUGCCAGGCUGUUCCACGGCAGCGAGGAGGAGGAGCCGGAGAAGAAGGAGGUGUCGGAGCUGCGCUCGGAGCUGUGGGAGAAGGAGAUGAAGCUCACGGACAUCCGCCUGGAAGCCCUCAACUCCGCACACCAGCUGGACCAGCUGCGGGAGACCAUGCACAACAUGCAGCUGGAGGUGGACCUGCUGAAAGCCGAGAACGACCGGCUGAAGGUGGCCCCGGGCCCCGCAGCGGGCUCUGCGCCGGGGCAGGUCCCGGGAUCAUCAGCGCUGCCGUCCCCUCGCCGUUCCUUAGGCCUGGCGCUCUCCCACCCCUUCAGCCCCAGUCUUGCAGACACAGACCUGUCCCCCAUGGACGGCAUCAGCUCCUGUGGCCCCAAGGAGGAAGUGACCCUCCGGGUGGUGGUGAGGAUGGCCCCCCAGCACAUCAUCAAAGGGGACUUGAAGCAGCAGGAGUUCUUCCUGGGCUGCAGCAAGGUCAGUGGGAAAGUGGACUGGAAGCUGCUGGACGAAGCUGUCCUCCAGGUGUUCAAGGACUACAUUUCCAAGAUGGACCCAGCGGCAACGCUGGGUCUGAGCACCGAGUCCAUCCACGGCUACAGCAUCAGCCACGCGAAACGCCUGCUGGAUGCCGAGCCCCCGGAACUGCCCCCCUGCCGCCGAGGGGUCAACAACAUCGUGGUCUCCCUCAAAGGUCUGAAGGAGAAGUGCGUGGACAGCCUGGUGUUCGAGACGCUCAUCCCCAAGCCCAUGAUGCAGCACUACAUAGGCCUCCUGCUCAAGCACCGGCGCCUCGUCCUGUCCGGCCCCAGCGGCACCGGCAAGACCUACCUGACCAACCGCCUGGCCGAGUACCUGGUGGAGCGCUCGGGCCGUGAAGUCACCGAGGGCAUCGUGAGCACCUUCAACAUGCACCAGCAGUCCUGCAAGGAUCUGCAGCUCUAUCUUUCCAACUUGGCCAACCAGAUAGAUCGGGAGACAGGGAUUGGGGACGUCCCCCUGGUGAUCCUGCUGGAUGACCUCAGCGAAGCAGGCUCCAUCAGCGAGCUGGUCAACGGAGCCCUUACCUGCAAGUAUCACAAAUGUCCCUACAUUAUAGGUACCACUAAUCAGCCUGUAAAAAUGACACCCAAUCACGGCUUGCACCUGAGCUUCAGGAUGCUGACUUUCUCCAACAACGUGGAACCCGCCAACGGCUUCCUGGUUCGCUACCUGCGGAGGAAGCUGGUGGAGUCAGACAGCGACAUCAACGCCAACAGGGAGGAGCUGCUGCGGGUGCUGGACUGGGUGCCCAAGCUGUGGUACCACCUGCACACCUUCCUAGAGAAGCACAGCACCUCGGACUUCCUCAUUGGGCCCUGCUUCUUUCUGUCCUGCCCCAUCGGCAUCGAGGACUUCCGGACCUGGUUCAUCGACCUGUGGAACAACUCCAUUAUCCCCUACCUGCAGGAAGGGGCCAAGGAUGGCAUAAAGGUUCACGGGCAGAAAGCUGCUUGGGAGGACCCGGUGGAGUGGGUCCGGGACACCCUUCCCUGGCCGUCAGCCCAACAAGACCAGUCAAAGCUGUACCAUCUGCCCCCACCCACUGUCGGCCCUCACAGCAUGGCCUCACCCCCAGAGGACAGGACGGUCAAGGACAGCACCCCAAGUUCCCUGGACUCAGACCCACUGAUGGCCAUGCUGCUGAAACUUCAGGAAGCUGCCAAUUAUAUCGAGUCUCCAGACCGAGAAGGCAUCCUAGACCCCAACCUCCAGGCAACGCUUUGAGGCCUGGUGGCCAAUCACGCAGACAGCGGGCCACGGACACCAGCCUCAGGCCGCCUCCCUGCCCCCGCUUGCUCCAGAGCGGCCGUGAGGACAGGAGGGGGAGGCGGGAGGAGGGGCGGGUUCCCGGUGCUGCACCUUCAAGAACUCCUAGUGGGACUGGUGGGUGGAAUCGGGGAACUUGCGUCCCCAGAUGCAUCUCCUGGCCUCUGCUCAUGACUUUGGGGAAAAGAUGAUUCUGGGUCUUUUCCCUUGAUUUCUGGUCUCAGUCACAAACUCCUGGGCUUUCUGGGGAGGGGUUCAGGAGACAUAGGACCAACCUACAGUCGUUCCUAACUGACUCUUGCAAACAGCCCUGUGGGGGUGUGGGGGCCCCCCCAGGUGGGGCCCCCCCUGAACUUCCCACAGACCCUGCCCGGUUUCAUCACCACUGCCAACAGCACCCACCCACCCCCCCGGAUCUCGCUGCAGCCCAGGAAAAGAAGCAUGUGGUUUAAAAAUGUUUAAAUCAAUCUUAAAAGACAAAAAAAAAAAGACAAAGAAAAAGCUGAAGCUGGAAAGAGAAUAUCCAGUUGCCGAGGUGGAAAGAGUGCUGCCCCUCCCUCCCCCCGCCCCCUCCGCCCGAUGACACAGGGGACACCAGUGAGAUGGCUGCCCAUCUAAGACGUCACCAGACCACAAAGAUACCAUCACAGCCUUCAGAGACACACACGGCUGGCUGUCUCACACCCUCUAAUUUAACACGCAUGAGUCAAUAAACCCUCAGUUUUUUUUAUUUUUUA